CGACGUUACAUGGAGACUUCGCUAGCGCUCCUCCAACCAAGCUCAAGGACAACUUGUACUGUACGACCGGAUAGCGACAACAAACGGCCUCUUGCUUGCGCUGCACUUCCAGCAGGGAUGUGUCGCCCUGCUGGGCGCAUCGGGGGCAAUAAUCCGGUUUUUACAGACAGUCCGUACGGAGUAUAUCAGGUCUGGCCAACCUCUCGACCUCAUGAAUCAUCGCGGGUCGUAUUAACUACUAUUCCACCCAUUUAUCGCCCAUUUUCAUCUACUUCUUCCUUUUUCCGGUCGCAUCGGGCAUCGCGAUGUCAAUACGGCAGACAACCGGACGAUUGGGCACGCAUGCUCACACAGGGCAGACAUUGACAACCGUCUUCCGUACAGGCCGUUCGCUGGGGCAUCAUCCUGGCUGCGUUUACAAAAGUUGUGCUACUACCUGCGAUGCACGGGGAAGCAGUUGGCUUUGCCGUUGCUGUACGCCAUGUGGCCAUUGUUAGUUAAACAACCCCAUUUGUGCCAUCGAAAAGGGAUUUCUUCAGUUGGAUUUGCUGGGCCUCUUCUCGAAUCUUCCACUGAGGCCAUAGCCGGUGCAACAGUGCGGUCAGCAGGAGGUGAUGAGCAGAGAAGAGGAGGAGCAGGUGGCUCUCAUUUACCUCCCCUAACGAAGACGAAGAUUCCUGUGUGAUGCCUAAACGGUGUGGAUGGUCCAUGGCGAAUCCAGCGUGAUCCUGUCGGUUGUUUCAUAUUGCAGGAUCUAUAGGCAGGGUGAAGCCCAAAUCGCCUCUUUGGCAAACCUGAACACUGCUUGCGAUUAUUCUCCGG